AGUGUUGAUAGAGGAGACCCGGUACCUUGCUCCUAAAGUUGCCAGUCAUUUGAGCCCAGGGAUGAAGCCAAUAGCCGCUGGAUCCUUCAGCUCACAUGUGACCGAAUUUCCAAGAAAACGCAAAGGAAGUGAAUCAGACCCAUCCCAGUCAGGAAGCAUGACAGAAAAAGUGGUGGUGGAAAAGCUUUCUCAGAAUCCCUUUACCUAUCUUCUCUCAACAAGCAUAGAAAUAUCAGCAGCCAGUGGCAGCAGAGUGGAAGAUGGUGAACAACAAGUAAAAAUGAAGUCCUUCAGAGAAGCACAUAGCCAAACUGAAAAGCGGAGGAGAGAUAAAAUGAAUAAUUUGAUUGAAGAACUGUCUGCAAUGAUCCCUCAGUGCAAUCCCAUGGCACGCAAACUGGACAAACUUACGGUUUUAAGAAUGGCUGUUCAACAUUUGAAAUCUUUGAAAGGCAUAACAAAUUCUUAUGUAGGGAAUAACUAUAGACCCUCAUUUAUUCAGGAUAAUGAGCUCAGACACUUAAUUCUUAAGACCGCAGAAGGCUUCCUAUUUGUGGUUGGAUGUGAAAGAGGAAAAAUUUUCUUCGUUUCUAAGUCAGUCUCCAAAAUACUUAAUUAUGAUCAGGCUAGUUUGACUGGACAAAGCUUGUUUGACUUCUUACACCCAAAAGAUGUUGCCAAAGUGAAAGAACAACUUUCUUCUGAUAUUUCACCACGAGAGAAGCUAAUAGAUACUAAAACUGGUUUACAACUUCAUGGUAAUUUCCACACUGGAAGAACGUGCAUGUAUUCUGGCUUUAGAAGAUCUUUUUUCUGCCGGAUAAAGAGUUGUAAAAUCUCCAUCGAAGAAGAACAUGGACACUUACCCAACUCAAAAAAGAAAGAUCAUAGAAAAUUCUGUACUGUCCACUGCACUGGUUACUUGAGAAGCUGGCCUCCGAAUGUUGUUGGGAUGGAAGAAGAAAGAGACAGUAAGAAAGACAAUGGGAAUUUUACCUGCCUCGUUGCCAUUGGAAGAUUACAUCCAUCUGUUGUCCCCCGGAAGAGUGGAGAGAUUAAAGUGAAGCCAACAGAAUUUAUAACCCGGUUUGCAGUGAAUGGAAAGUUUGUCUACGUAGAUCAAAGGGCAACAGCAAUUUUAGGAUAUCUGCCUCAAGAACUUUUGGGAACUUCUUGUUAUGAAUAUUUUCAUCAAGAUGACCAUAGUAAUUUGACUGACAAGCACAAAGCAGUUCUACAGAGUAAGGAGAAAAUAUGCACAGAUUCAUAUAAAUUCAGAGCGAAAGACGGAUCUUUUGUAACUUUAAGAAGCCAGUGGUUUAGUUUUAUAAAUCCAUGGACCAAAGAACUGGAAUAUAUUGUGUCUGUGAACACUUUAGUUGUGGGGCAUAGUGAGACUGGAGAAGCAUCAUUAUUUCCUUGCAGCUCUCAAUCAUCAGAAGAAUCCUCCAGACAGUCUUGUAUUAGUGUGCCUGGAAUGUCAACUGGAACAGUGCUUGGUGCUGGUAGUAUUGGAACUGAUAUUGCAAAUGAAGUUUUGGAUUUACAAAGGUUACAGUCGUCUUCAUCCCUCGAUGAUUCAAGUCCACCAGAUUUAAUGAAAGAUACUCACAGUAUAAACAGCAGGCAUGUGUCAAAUAAGGAGUUUCUACUAAGUCCUUCUGAAAUAAGGGAGCUGGAGGCUACUAAGCAAAAUCCAAGUUCUGUUGCUGUCAGCAGUCAUGAACCGUUCCUCAGUGACAGUGCACAGCUGGAUUUCGAUGCCCUGUGUGACAAUGACGACACAGCCAUGGCUGCGUUCAUGAAUUACUUAGAAGCAGAGGGGGGCCUCGGAGACCCUGGGGACUUCAGUGACAUCCAGUGGACACUCUAAUAUUUGGUGUUUAACUCUAAAAAGGAGAAACGUUUUAAACUAUUUCAUUUACAGAAAACUGUUCUUCAGUACUGUAUUAUAGAUACUGUUUUUAUCUUUUAUUAACGGUCUACCAACAUUUACCAUUUGCACCUCACUCUAUAGGGGUGUGGAGAAAUAAUAAUGUUUUCCUCCAAAGAGGACCAAACAAAGUUUAUUCCAGACCCCAUUAUUCUGUGAAAUGGCUUAAAAUCCUCUCGCAGCCAUAUUUUUGCUAAAAUAUUUCUAACCUAAAAGCUCACAUAAGUAUUGUUUUGCCUAUGUUUUUAUUUUUUGAUGCAGUUUUGUUUGGGGAAUUUAAUAUAUUGGCAUUUUUCUUGUGUCCAAGAUUCAUUUUUAAUAGAUUUAUAAUAGUAGGUUUAUGUCAUUUGGAAUGUUGCCAUUUCUUGCGGAUUUCCUUAAUGGAAGAUAGGGCUUACACACUUUAAUAAAAUGGUGAGUACUUGAACAUUAAUGGGACAGUGCAAUUUACAGACAUAAUCACAAUGAAUAGUAUAUUUUAUCUUUGUAGAAUUAGGUCAUCAAAAAGGCAGGAUAUUUCUGUUCGAUCAUAUUUUUUUUAGUUAGAUUUUAAGUGAGAUGAUUUUUUUAAUUUAAAACCCAGAAAAAACAACAACAACAACAACAAAAGAACAAGUUAGCUUAUAGAAAAGGAAGGAUCCUGGGCAUUAGAUCUCAGUGAUAAACCAUUGCAUAUAAGAUUUACUCUUUUUUAUUUUUUUAAUUGCCUGAAGGCAUGUGCUUCUGCUAGAGAGAGACAGAGAAGAGGGAC